CUGUAUCAUUCAAACUGCCCACAUUUAACAUCAAACUUCCUCCCUAAACAACACAUUCUUAAUCUUCAAGUAAAAAUGUCUCAUCCAGCCUAGCUUAUAGUGUGCCACUCCAACUCCACGUUGUGUUUAUCGGCAUUUAGCUCUAAUGUUCAAGCUCUGAGCUAAAAGCUACAGUUUCUCCUCAACUCCUGCCUCUCAAUUGGUGGAGAAUGGUCAGCUGACGUUGUCAUAUUGUCUCUCACCGAGCCAAGCCUCGGCUAUAACACUCGGGUUUGUGCGUCUUAACCGGAGAUUGAAAAUUAAUAAUAUUGAAUCCUCAAAGUAGCCCACAUCCAGUUAGAGAAGCUGAAAGUCACGGAGAAAAAAAGAAGACCUUGGAAAAGGUGUGGUUGGUUGACACAGACGGAAAGGAGAUUUACUGAGAACGAGAUUGAAAAGAGACCGAUAAAGAAGUGGGGAGAGUUGGAGAGAGGGUUACAGGCAAGGUAUGAAUUCUUAUUUCGCAAACCCGUCGCUCUCCUGCCAUUUAUCCGGUGGUCAAGAUGUUUUGCCUAACGUACCCCUAAACUCCACCACCUAUGACACAGUCAGACAUUUUUCGUCUUACGGUGCUGCUGUGACCCAGAAUCGGAUAUAUGCACCUUUCUACUCUCCUCAAGAUAAUGUCGUUUUUGGGUCUGGCAGGGCGCAAUAUGAAUAUGGAUCAAACGUGUUUCUUCAAGACAAGGACGUGCUCCCCAGUUGCAGACAAACAAACAUGGGACUCAAUACACAAAGCCACAUUGCUCAAGAGUACAGUUUGGAUCAAGGAAGAGCAGGAGCGCAGGAUCAGAAAACCAACAUCCCGAUCUACCCGUGGAUGCAGCGAAUGAACUCACACAGCGCAGGAGUGGGCUACGGGUCAGACAGACGCAGAGGACGUCAAAUAUACUCUCGUUACCAAACACUCGAGCUGGAGAAGGAGUUUCAUUUCAACCGCUACCUGACCAGGCGCAGACGCAUCGAAAUCGCAAACGCGCUUUGUUUAACAGAGCGCCAGAUCAAAAUCUGGUUUCAGAACCGACGCAUGAAAUGGAAGAAAGAGAGCAACCUGACCUCCACGGUAACUGGAAGUGAACAGACAGGAGCCUCUCCAGAGGAGGAGCGCAAUGGCGAAAUUGAAGAAGAGAAGGAGGAGGACAAGAAGAAAGAAUAGUU